AUGUACUGCAUCGUCCAAGUGACGGCUUGGUCGAUUCCUCUACGAUACCUUGGUGUGCAUACAACUCUCAGAGCGCCCAUUACAGGCCGAUCUGCGUCUGAAGAGACCAUCACACACGGUGCUCCGCCCUUUCAGCCGCCAGGCAUUACCGAUAAUGUGAGAAGCGCAGAGACCACUAGCUACAAGGAUACAAUGAACGGAGUCACCCUUGAGCGACUACUGGCAGAUCUUGAGACGUGCGUUGAAGACCUUGUCCCUUACUCACCGGAAGUACCACCAAAUGAUAUCGUUCAAAUCAGUGGAUCGAAGAUGAGAUCUUGCAGGCAGGCGAUCUUCACCCUCAUACGCUGGUACAGACAGUCAAACCCUUCUACCAGAAAGUCGUCAACAGAAAUCCAAAACGAGCGUCGAGACGAUCAAAAGUCUCGGUUUAAUCUCGUCAAGCCCGGGGACAACACGGAUCCCAGACAGACCGGAAGUCUUCAGACAACUGCCACAGGCAAAGUUCGACCGACUCAGACUUCUACUAGACCGUUGACCUGUCGUGAGCUCGCGUGCCCACCCGGUGAUCUUGCUGCGACUUGUGUGACCAAGCCAGGCAUCAAGCUGAAGCCCACACUGGCCCAGAUGUGCAGGAUGUGUUUUCCACGCAGAGACGAGAGGCUAAUUGACGAGCACUGCGCUGAUGAGUCCAAGAAGGAGUGGAACAUCUUCUAUAUCCUCUUCGCUAUACUGAUCUCCAUUUCCACUGCUGGAUUCACCCUGGCUAUAGUUCGCAGAUUAAGGGAGAAAGCACAAACUUCGCAAAAUACAGCGUCCGAGGUCCUGCCGACAAAGCGGUUUGUCGACUCGGGUUCAACCUCAACCAACACAUCACCUGCUGAACCAAUGUCUAGACGAGUUGUGUCAUGGCUCAGGGGGGUGGUUACGUAUGUCCGGGACUCGAGAGCACGAGUAGACGUAGAAGAGCACCCGGAACUUGGUGUGGCAGCCGCGAACUCACUGAUUCCAACAUUUGUGAACCAGGUCAAUCCAAAUCGCCCGCACCCCUUUCAAGUAUCCGGCGCCGAAACCUGCGAGAGACAGACUGGACUGAAGCUCAGGAAGAGUUGUGAUUCUAGCCUUGAUGUGCCUGGUAAAGAGGGAUCUCCACGGGCACGAAGCUCAAGUGUACAAGCUACUCCAGCUGCUGUGAACGAACCAUAG